GACUUUGAACAUUCCUUUUGACUGAAUCCCUAAUUCAAGAACCAAGCAUCCCUUUUCAAUUUUUAUCGAUCCCAAUAUCUUCUUUCAUGGAAUUGAUGAAGAUUUUGGGGGAAAAAAGCCUUUCAAAUUGAUGAUUAGCCUAUAUCUCGAUAUUUUACAAUUACCUACUCAUUCUUGAUCGAAUUCGUCGGAAUAAGCCGCCAUGGCUAUUCGGUUCACCGUCAACUACUCGGCGUCCGUCGCCUCCCACAUGACGGCUUCCUGCGCCGCCUCCGGCAAAUUCGUCGCAUCCCGCUUCAUCGAUGACUGCAUACAACACUCCCGCAUCUUUCAGCACUCUCCCGACUCCAAUUACUCCGACUUCCGCAGCACUAAAUGGAAGAGAAAUCCGAUCAACCCUACUUCCGCCGAACUGGCCGGCGAGAUUCUGGGAGGAGAUUCCCAGUCGCCGCUGGUGGUCGGAUUAAUGUCGCUGGUGAUGCAGUCAAUGGGGACUUCUUCGGCCUCAGGCGUUAUGAGUAUUUCGCCGCUGAAGGCGUCGUCGGCAAUUUCCUUUUUACGGCUUUCUAAGUGGUUUCCAUGUAACGAACCUUCUCUGGAUAGAGGAGGAACCCUCGCUUCCAGCAGCGGUGAAGCAGCAGUCACGGCAAAGAGUGUUAGUGGUUUGAAUGGAUUAGCGGCGGCCAGUGGUGAAGCACCAGUCAAGGUAAAGAGUGUUGGAGGUGUGAAUGGAUUAGCGGCGGACGGUGGCGAUGUUGCUCGAAAUUUGGGCGUUUCACCGGAGACGAUUUCUGGUGAUGGUGGUAAUAGUUGGUUAUUCAAAUUGAAGAAUUUGGGCUUCACCUCAGAAGAUGCCAAGGCCACUUUUACUGCUUUAAGCAUUCGGAUUCUGUUUAAGUCAACUUUGGCCGAGCCUAGGUCUAUUCCCACCACUUCAAUGUGCCCUACCCUUGAUGUGGGUGAUCGGAUUCUAGCAGAAAAGGUCUCUUAUAUAUUCAAGAAGCCCGAAGUCUCAGAUAUUGUGAUUUUUAAAGCUCCUUCGAUUCUUCAGGAAAUUGGUUUUAGUUCGUCUGAUGUGUUCAUCAAAAGAAUUGUAGCAAAAGCUGGUGACUAUGUAGAGGUUCGUGAUGGGAAAUUGUUGGUAAAUGGAAUUGCCCAAAAUGAAGAAUUCAUAUUGGAACCUCUUCAGUAUGAAAUGGAUCCAGUGCUUGUACCAGAAGGCUAUGUGUUUGUGCUGGGAGACAAUAGGAAUAACAGCUUUGAUUCUCAUAACUGGGGUCCAUUGCCUAUUGAAAACAUUGUUGGUAGAUCAGUCUUCCGGUAUUGGCCUCCUUCUAAAGUUUCUGAUACAAUGUACGGUGCAUCUCAGAGGGGAGUGCUGUUACAUGUUCUUGAUGGAUUGCCUUCUGGUUUAUUCAGAUGGCUUAUCUAAUCUUUCUUGUACACGCACAUAUCAGUACCAGUAAAAAUCUGCCAGAUAACAAGACUAGCAAGAGCCUUUGAAGAUGGCAACUGUCAAAUGCGUUCCAUUUCAACUGCUGCAUCGAUGGAUCUUCCUUUUGAAGAAUCAAUUGUUACAAAUGGCUGAUAUUAAUACAUGCUAAUAUUGUUUUAAUUUCAUUCAUCUAUUUUUGUGAACUUGUUGGUUUCUUAGUUUUUUUUAAUUCCUUUCCUAGUGUCUUAUAGAUAGCUCCUCCGUCAUGGGGUGAAGUCAUGAAUAAAAGUAGGGGCUCCUAACUAGCCCGCUACUAAGUGGACAAUGGAGAUAGUUUACAUGCUAUAUUUGUAACGUUUUAAGCUCUGUCUUAUGAAUCACUAUAGGAUCAAAGUUUGAGCUAUAUAUAAUCCAUGUGGUAAUGAUUUAUUUUGGUGGGUAA